UUAGAAAGGAGUAUUUUUUGUUUCCUAUAGCGUUUUUAGGGGUUUGGGUGGGAAGAUAAUUCGAAACGCAGAAUGGAAUUUUUGUUUCCUGUAUUUUCUUUAAAAUUUCCAGGCUCUUUAGAGGGCCAUAUAACUUUGGAGGGCCAUAUCUUGGCCAGAUCAAAAAACGGCACAAAAUCCUUGCUAGAAAGGACACAUUCUCUAUUGAAUGAGCCCGGUCUCGACCGUUUUUAGGUCGGACACCUCGCAACCUUUCCGUGUAAAAUUAUUUUUUUAGAGACGUAGCGAUAGAGAUUCAAGAAGAGAUGACGAUCAUUAUGAACACCGUUCAAAACGUCAUUCUCAUUCUAAUCGAAAAUUUGUUCGAAUGGACCCACCGCCUGGUGGAUGGGAUAAACCCUCAUGGGAACCUAGUGGAGCGUUGAAAAAAGAAAUAAAAAAUGAAGAAGAAGAAGAACAACCUUCAUUUAAUAAUUUAAAAAAGAAGGAAGAGGAAAGAGAAAAACCUUCAUUUGAACCUUCUGGAAAACUUGCACAAGACACAAAUACAUUUAAAGGUGUUGUUGUUAAGUAUAAUGAACCUCCAGAAGCUAAAAUUCCAAAAUUGCGUUGGAGGAUUUAUCCGUUUAAGGGAGAAGAAUCAUUGCCAGUAAUUUAUGUCCAUCGCCAAUCAGCUUAUUUAAUUGGACGUGAUCACAAAGUUGCCGAUUUCCCUAUUGAUCACCCAAGUUGUUCAAAACAACAUGCAGCUCUUCAAUAUCGUUCAAUGCCUUUUGAAAGGGCUGAUGGGUCUAAAGGAAGAAGAACUCGUCCUUACAUAAUUGAUUUGGGAUCAGGAAAUGGAACAUUUUUGAAUGGUGAAAGAAUAGAAGCUCAACGUUAUUACCAAUUAAAAGAAAAAGAUGUUUUAAAAUUUGGAUUUAGUUCAAGAGAAUAUGUUAUGUUACAUGAACAAUCAUUAAAAGGAGGGGAAGAAUCUGAUACUUCUGAAGGGGAAGAAGAAGAUGAUGUUGGGGAUAUAAUUGAAAGAAGUCAGGAAGAUGAAGAAAGAAUUGCUGCUGCUGAGGAAGACGAUCUAUUUUAA